AGUCUGAGAGUGGCUGCCUGAGACAGCACCGCAGGCUGCUGCUGAGCUGGGAGCUGAGAGGGGCUGAAUUCGCAGUCACAGAUCAUCUGGCCUCUCCUGCUUUGGGGGGUGGGUGUUGUGUCUCAUCUGGAAAGAUCUGGGCUGGGUUUCAUCGCCUUUUUGAUUUUAAAUAGUCACCUCCCUGAGAACUGACUUCCAGGUGUUCAUCGAGGAAAGCAGAGUGGUCCCCAUGCUGGAAAUGAAGGAUGAGAGUUCCCGAGACUGACUGUUGACGGCUUGGAGGUACUACCCCCGUCUCACAAUGCCUUUUAAAGCAUUCGAUACCUUCAAAGAAAAAAUUUGGAAACCUGGAAAGGAGGGCGUGAAGAACGCUGUGGGAGAUUCGUUGGGGAUUUUACAAAGGAAAAUUGAUGGGACCCAUGAGGAAGAAGGUAACAUUGAGCUGAAUGAAGAAGGGAGGCCGGUGCAGACGUCCAAGCAGAGGCCCCCACUCUGUGACUGCCCCUGCUGUGGGGUCCCCAAGCGCUACAUCAUUGCUAUUAUGAGCGGGCUGGGGUUCUGCAUCUCCUUUGGGAUUCGGUGCAAUCUUGGAGUUGCCAUUGUGGAAAUGGUCAAUAACAGCACUGUGUAUGUUGAUGGAAAACCGGAAAUUCAGACAGCACAAUUUAACUGGGACCCAGAGACGGUGGGCCUUAUCCAUGGAUCUUUUUUCUGGGGUUAUAUUGUGACACAAAUUCCAGGUGGUUUCAUUUCAAAUAAAUUUGCUGCGAACAGGGUCUUUGGAGCUGCCAUCUUCCUAACAUCGACCUUGAACAUGCUCAUUCCAUCUGCAGCCAGAGCGCAUUACGGCUGUGUCAUGGGUGUCAGGAUUUUACAAGGUUUAGUGGAGGGUGUGACAUACCCAGCAUGUCACGGGAUGUGGAGUAAGUGGGCACCACCUCUGGAGAGAAGCAGACUGGCUACAACCUCCUUUUGUGGUUCCUAUGCAGGAGCAGUGAUUGCCAUGCCGCUGGCUGGGGUGUUGGUCCAGUACAUUGGAUGGGCCUCUGUCUUUUAUAUUUAUGGUAUUUUGGGGAUUAUUUGGUACGUGUUUUGGCUGUUGCAGGCCUAUGAGUGUCCAGCAGCUCACCCAACAAUAUCCCAGGAGGAGAGGACCUAUAUAGAGACAAGCAUAGGAGAAGGAGCCAACUUGGUUAGUCUCAGUAAAUUUAAUACACCAUGGAAAAGAUUUUUCACGUCAUUGCCAGUGUAUGCAAUCAUUGUGGCCAAUUUUUGCAGAAGCUGGACAUUUUAUUUGCUGUUAAUAAGUCAGCCUGCUUACUUUGAAGAGGUCUUUGGAUUUGCAAUAAGUAAGGUGGGUCUCUUGUCAGCAGUCCCACACAUGGUUAUGACGAUCAUUGUGCCUAUUGGAGGACAAUUGGCUGAUUAUUUAAGAAGCAGAAAAAUUUUGACCACAACUGCUGUCAGAAAAAUCAUGAACUGCGGAGGUUUUGGCAUGGAGGCAACAUUGCUCCUCGUGGUUGGCUUUUCCCAUACCAAAGGGAUGGCUAUCUCCUUUCUGGUGCUUGCUGUAGGAUUUAGUGGUUUUGCUAUUUCAGGUUUCAAUGUCAACCACUUGGACAUUGCCCCUCGCUAUGCCAGCAUUCUCAUGGGAAUCUCAAAUGGAGUGGGAACCCUCUCUGGAAUGGUCUGUCCCCUUAUUGUGGGUGCAAUGACCAAGCAUAAGACCCGUGAGGAGUGGCAGAAUGUGUUCCUCAUAGCUGCCUUGGUGCACUACAGUGGCGUCAUCUUCUAUGGGGUCUUUGCUUCUGGGGAGAAGCAGGAGUGGGCAGACCCCGAGAACCUUUCUGAGGAGAAGUGUGGAAUCAUUGACCAGGAUGAAUUAGCUGAGGAGACAGAACUCAACCAUGAGAGUUUUGCAAGUCCCAGAAAGAAGAUGUCAUAUGGAGCCACCACCCAGAAGUGUGAAGUCCAGAGGAAGAAAUGGAGAGGACAGAGAGGAGUGACCGUCAACGAGGAAGAGCUGACAUCCUACCAGAAUGAAGGGGAAAGCUUCUCAGAGGCAUCCUAAUGUCUCAGGGGCACUUCCGGCUCCUCCUCACUUUAGAACCAGGAAGUAUCCACACCCAUUGUCUUCUCCACAGGCUGGCUUGCCAGGGGGUUAACUCUAGGGACGUUGCAUGUGGGGGAGCAGGGAGAGAUUUACUCAGCAGUAGGGAAA